AUGGCACCCUUCAGGGUAAAAUCUCUCCCGCUUGCUCUCGCCCUGAUAUUCGGCAUCCUCACUUGCAUCCUCGCCGCACCAACAGCCGCUUCAAAACCAUCUCCCUCGGCAGAUGUCGACCUCAUCUGCCACACUGAUAACCCCCAGGACUGUUACCCGCGAGUGUUCCAACCCACAGAUGAAUUCCAGAUCGUCCACGAUGAUCAGGAACUUCCCCAUGGACUCCAUGUCCGUUUGAACAUGUCGACUGGCAAGAAGGAAGCCAAGAUCAAUGUACCUGAUGAGAGCGAUCCGGCACUGGAAGGUCUACCUGUUGACCAGGCCGUUCUUGUCGUUGACCCAGAGCAACCAGAGACCCCCCAGAUCCCCAAGGGCGCCCCAGCGUAUGAUGCCGUCGGGAAGAUUAAGGAGCCAGAGAGCGACUACGAGGGCAAGCCUUUCUUUGAAGCCAUGAAGCUGUUGAGGAGCGGUGUCACCGACGGCGGCAAGGAAUUUGAUGAUGCCCUCGCGGGAAUGGAGGAGCUUUCUCACGACAUCUACUACGGCCUCAAGGUCACUGAGGAGCCGGCCGUUCUAAAGUCGCUGUUUUGCAUCAUGGUUGAUCGUGAUGUUCCAUUUACACCGGACGUCGCUCCUCGAGACCAGCAAGCAGCCGCCAUCCUCGGGAGCGCACUGCAAAACAACGCCGCCGCAUUGAAGGAGGUUACCAAGGAAUGGUCACGCCUCAUGGAGACGAUCUGCCCCAAGACCAACAAGCCCUUGAGAGAAGGCUUUUACUCAACCUUUAUCCCCAACGACGUCCCAUCCCCAACCAACAACAAGAUCCUGGCGUCCAAGGUCAAAGCCAGAGUCGGAGCCAUCAACGGCCUCCUCAAGAGCGACCUGAUCCGGGAAGACUUUCUCGCCAACGAUGGUAUGCGGAGGCUCCUCGAGCUUCUCACCGUGGACAUCAAGGAGUGGGCCCCGGCGCACCGCAAGGUCGGCCAGCUGGUCCUCGACACGUUCCUCGACGAGGACAUGGGCGCCAAGCUGGGCCAGUGGCCUCGUACGGCCCGGGCCACCGACGCCGAGUGCCGGGUGCGCGAGACGCAGACCGAGGAGGGGUGCUGGGAUUACCAUGUGGCGAGGAUCAUGAAGGCGAAUAAGCGGGAUAGUAGCCAUUGGAGUCGGGAUUUGAAUGACCGGCUUGCUGCGUUGCGAAAGAGUGGAAAGAUUCCUCCUCGAGUUGAACUAUAG